CGUGGAGCUGGCUGUCACUUUGAGGACAUUCAGAAUAGUCAAGUUACAAUAGUUUUGAAUGCUGAUGAGAGAGACAUGAGCCACUCUUAUUCCAUGAAGGAUGUUGUCCAGAAGAAUGGCUUGAAUGGAUCUUUUAAGGUGGUGUCAGAGAUGGAGACGGCCCGUUCAAACCCAGACUACAUAGAGCCGUCGAGCUGUCUGAGCGUCAAAAACGUGUCCUAUUCUGUCAGUGAACGUGUAGGACCCUGGUGGGAUCUUUCAUCUUUUCGAAAAAAAUGGACAAGGCAAAUAUUAAACGAAGUGUCAUUUCAUUUGGACAGUGGCCAGAUAAUGGGAAUUCUUGGAAACUCAGGUUCUGGAAAGACCACUCUGUUAGAUGCUAUAGCAGGGCGCAUUGGGAAUUCUGGCAACCUCCAGGGAGAAGUGUUUGUGAAUGGACGAAAGCUAAAAAGAGAACAGUUUCAAGACUGUUUCUCUUACGUUCUGCAGAGUGACAAUCUCUUGAGCUACUUGACCGUGGAAGAGACUCUGACAUACACUGCACAGCUUGCUUUGAGAAAACACUCUGCUGAGGCCAUACGCAAGAAGGUAACUGCGGUCAUGGCCGAGUUGAGUUUGGGUCACGUGGCUCACAGCGUGAUUGGAGGCCGCGUUUUUCCAGGCAUUUCUGGUGGAGAGAGAAGGAGGGUCUCCAUUGCUAGCCAACUGCUUCAGGACCCCAAGGUGAUCCUGCUGGAUGAACCAACCACAGGCCUGGACAGCAUGACAGCCAAUCAGAUUGUGAUGCUGCUGGCAGAGCUGGCUAGAAGAGACCGAAUCGUCAUCGUCACUAUCCACCAGCCCCGAUCAGAGCUGUUCAGAAUCUUUAACAGAAUAGCAAUCAUGAGUCAAGGGGAGCUGGUGUUUUGCGGAGAGCCUCAUAAGAUGGUGGAUUUCUUCAGCAGCUGCGGAUACGAGUGUCCCGAAUACUGCAACCCCUUCGACAUUUAUGUGGAUCUGACCUCUGUGGACACACGCUGCAGCGAGAGGGAAGCUGCCACCUACAGGCGCAUGCAUGAUAUCACGUCAGCCUAUCAGAACUCAGAGAUCUACACUAACAUGCAGGAAAAAAUUGAACAAAGCUGCCAGAGACCAGACAAACCCAUGAUUCCCUUUAAAAGCAAAGAGUCCCCCAACUGCAUAUCCAAACUUGGGGUCCUCCUGAGACGGACCUUUCGCAACGUGUCCCGUGACAGGAUGGGUAUUCUCAUGCGUCUCUCUCAGAAUCUCAUCUACGGCCUCUUCAUUGCUUUUUUCCUCAUGAGGCUUGGUAAGGAUGUGACAAAAGGUGCCGUACAGGACCGAAUCGGCCUAAUCUACCAAUCCAUGGGUGCAUCUCCCUAUACCGGAAUGCUGAAUGCUGUGGCUCUAUUCCCUGCUUUGCGGGCCAUUUCUGAUCAGGAGAGUAAAGAUGGUUUAUACCAGAAAUGGCAGAUGUUUCUGGCUUACAUCAUCCAUAUCCUACCCUUCAGUAUUAUCAGUGUGUUCAUCUUCGCCUCAUUCCUGUAUUGGACAGUAGGCAUGAACCCAGAUCCUGUGCGCUUCCUGUGUUUUUCAGCCGUGGUCAUGGUGCCUCACAUCAUUGGUGAACUCUUAACACUGGUCUUGUUGGGUGUCGUCCAAGACCCCAAUAUGGUCAACAGUGGAGUCGCUCUCCUCAAUAUAGCAGGAAUCAUGGUGGGCUCUGGAUUUCUGAGGGGUUUUAAACAAAUGCCUGUGGUGUUCCAGUGGUUGAGUUAUCUAACUUUCCAGAAGUACGGCUGCGAGCUCCUGAUUGUCACAGAGUUCUAUGGCCUCAACUUUACCUGCACCCCUAUAGCUGGCUUGCCAGGAGAGUGUCUGGUAGACAGUGGGAAUAUGAUCAUAGAUCAGGGUUAUCCUGGAGCUCUGUCCCGUUACACUCAAGACUUCCUGUUGCUCUAUGCCUUCCUGCCCGCUCUUGUGAUCCUGGGCAUCAUCAGCUUCAAGAUACGAGACCACCUCGUCAGACGCUGAGCCUCCAUGUGUGUGCACAU